AUGUUGAGAAGUGACACAAAAGUGGAAGCACCAAGCAAGGAAACUCUAGCUGAACAAAAGGUUGACCAUAAAGUUGAAAAAGAAAAAAUGGUUGACAAAAACAAGGAAGAAGAGCGAAAGGCAGAAGUCCAUUCAAAGGUAAGUUCUAUUACAGCUCUCUCAGAUUAUAAGCCCAUACUUCCCUUUCCUAGCAAGUUUGCAAAGGCGAAGAAAGAAGAGCAAGAAAAGGAGAUUUUGGAUAUGUUCAGGAAAGCGAACAUCGACAUCCUUCUUUUGGAUGCAAUCAAGCAAGUGCCAAGAUAUGCAAAGUUUCUCAAAGAGUUAUGGACAUCCAAAACAAAGCUAAAAAGUAAUGAGAAGGUAAGUGUGGGGGAGAAUGUCUCUGCUAUGAUGCAAAAGAAUUACCUCCCAAUUACAAAGAUCCAGCCUUUGAAAGAAACUGGUGUUAUCGUACAACUAUCUGAUAGAUCUAAUGCAUAUCUUGAUGGGGUAAUUAAGAAUGUUUUGGUUCAAGUUAAUGAAUUGGUUUUCCCUGCUGAUUUAUAUAUUUUGGAUAUGGAGGGCAAUAAUUCUCCUAAUACUGCAAUUAUAUUGUUAGGAAGACCAUGCUUGAAAACUUCUAAAACUAAAAUAGAUGUGCAUGAUGGUACUCUUUCUGUGGAAUUUGAUUGUGAGAUUGAAGCUUUUGAGCUAAGUGGAGAUCACAAGUUGAAUGUAGCUAUUAGCUACAAUUUGAAUGAUGGAAAAGCCACAGUUGCACAAGAAGAGAUGUCAUUAGGAGAUGAACUUGAAGAGAUGAUUAAGGAGCUGAAUGUGUUACCCCUACAAUAUGACAGUUAUAAUCAGAUUGUGAUAGCUCUUGAAGAUCAAGAGAAGACCACAUUCAUGUGCCCCUUUAGCACAUUUGCAUACCGGCGCAUGCCUUUUGGACUUUGCAAUGCUCCAGCUACAUUCCAAAGGUGUAUGAUGAGCAUUUUCUCAUAUUAUGUAGAGAACAUCAUUAAUGUGUUUAUGGAUGAUUUUACUGUUUAUGGAGAUUCUUUUGAUGCACGCUUACAUAAUCUUACACUUGUGUUUGAUAGGUUUCUAUCGAGGUUUAUCAAAGAUUUCUCCAAGAUUGCAUUACCAUUGUGUCGCCUACUAGUAAAAGAUGUAGAGUUCAGAUUUGAAAAGUCUUACAAACAAGUAUUUGACAGGUUUAAAGAGCUUCUCACUAUUAUACCCAUCAUUCAACCUCUAAAUUGGGAUCUACUUUUUGAGAGUAUGUGUGAUGCAAGUGAUAAGGUUGUAGGGGCUAUUUUGGGGCAAAAAGUAAGGAAGGCAUCUCAUGCGAUUUACUAUACUUCAAGAACAUUGGAGGAUGCCCAAUGCAACUACUCUACCAUUGAAAAAGAACUCUUUGCUAUUGUCUUUCCAUUAGAAAAGUUUCGCUCUCAUUUAUUAGGUACUAAACUUAUUGUUUAUUCUGACCUUGCAACAUGUAGGUACGUAUUAAAGAAGAAAGAAGCCAAACCAAGAUUGAUAAGGUGGAUACUCUUAUUACUAGAAUUUGACUUGGAGAUCAAAGAUAAAAGAGGUACUGAAAAUUUGGUUACUGAUAAUCUCAGCAGAUUGGAUUACCAAGUUUUUCCUCCUAUUUCUACUAGAGCUCAAAAAGAUAAAAUAAAGAGUGAUGUAAAAUACUAUGUUUGGGAUGAGCCAUAUUUGUGGAAGAAUGGUGCUGAUCAAGUGAUUAGAAGGUGUGUAUCUCAAUCUGAAUAUAACUCUAUUCUCAUCUUUUGUCACUCGUAUGAAAGCGGAGAUCACUUUAGACCAAAAAGAAUAGCUUUUAAGAGGGUGGAAGCUAAAGUCACCAGGACUGAUGAUGCUAAAGUUGUUAUGGAUUUUGUGAAGUCUCACAUGUUAGAUAGGCAUGGAAUCCUGAAAGCUCUCAUAAGUGAUAGAGGAACUCAUUUUUGCAAUAGAAUAGUGGAAGCUCUCUUGAAAAAGUACCAUGUGACUCAUAAAGUGUCCACUGCAUACUAUCCCCAAACUAGUGGCCAAGUUGAAGCAUAUAAAACACCAUAUAAGACACCAAUUGGUAUGUUUCCUUAUCAGUUAGUUUAUGGUAAGCCUUGUCAUUUUGCUGUGGAAUUGGAACACAAAGCAUUUUGGGUUGUGAAGCAAUGUAAUUUGCAAAUGAAUGAGGCUAGUGAGCAUAGGAAGUUGCAAUUACAAGAUUUAAAGGAGAUAUGGAAUGAUACUUAUGAAAAUUCCAAGAUUUAUAAAGAGAAAACUAAAGCUUUUCCUAACAAGAUAAUUUUGAGAAAGCAAUUUGAAGUUGGACAAAAAGUGCUUUUCCAUUCAAGGCUCAAGCUUUUUCCAAGUAAGUUGAGAUCUAGAUGGAUUGGUCCUUUUAUUGUUACUAAUGUUUUUCCACAUGAUGCAAUUGAGAUCCAAAGUUUAACAACAAAUAAGGCUUUUAAGGUGAAUGGACUUAGGCUCAAACCAUACUAUGAAGGUUUUCAAGUUUGCAAUGUUGAGGAAGUGAAUUUGGAGGAACCACAGUAUGCUGGGUAA